UCUCGACAUUCCCAUAACCAAACCAACCAUCAUUGGAUCAAUCCCCUUAACAUGAGAAACAUCCUCCUAACGAUUGCCCUCGUCGGGUUCCUGGCCGCAGCACUGCCCAGUAGGGUGGCAGCCCAGGACUGCGAAUGCUCCUCAGACGAGUGCUGCAGCCACUGGGGAUCCUGUGGCACCAGUGAUGCCUACUGUGGCACCGGGUGCAAGUCCGGGCCGUGCUUUGCUGCUCCCACGACUGACCCCGUGUCGGUUCCCGAUAUCGUCACCGAUGAUUUCUUCAAUGGGAUAAUCGGGCAAGCAGAUGACAGCUGUGUCGGGAAGAGAUUCUACUCGAGGCAGGCGUUUCUGGACGCCUUGGAGAGUUACCCUCAGUUCGGCAAAACAGGGUCAGUGGAAAACUCGAAGCGUGAGGUUGCUGCAUUCUUCGCUCAUGUCACACACGAGACUGGACAAUUCUGCAACGUCGAGGAGAUAAACGGUGAGGCCAAUAACUACUGCGACGAGACUGUCACGCAGUACCCCUGCAACCCGGAGAAGGGCUACUAUGGACGGGGGCCCAUCCAAUUGUCCUGGAACUCCAACUACGGGCCUGCCGGGGAGAGCAUCGGGUUCGACGGGCUCAACGCACCAGAGACUGUGGCAAAUGACCCGGUGAUAUCAUUUAGGACGGCCCUGUGGUACUGGAUGGAGCACGUCCACUCAGUGAUGGAUCAGGGGUUUGGAUCCACGAUUAGGGCAAUGAACAGAGACCUUGAGUGCGAUGGUAAGAACCAGGAAACGGUUGAAAGCCGGGUCGGGUAUUACAGUCAGUACUGUCAACAGCUUGAUGUUGAUACUGGGGACAAUCUCACUUGCUAGGGGAUAAUCUCUGGUCUUAGCUUUUCUGCUUCAGAAUAAAACUGGAUAACGAACUUAUCGGCUGCUGGAAGUUGUAAUAAGAACUUUCUCCGACUCAGUUCGUAAUGCAUAUGUUUGCUUUGA